AUGGCACCCCCUGGUACCAGGUGGUGGCAGGCUACCAACGAAGCCGACCUCGAUUACGGAUUCGAUUCUGACGAUCUUGAUAGAUUCGCCGAACCUGACCGCACUCCCCGCUUGACUACACGAGAUCCACGAGAUACGAGAAACCGAGACAUAGAACGCCGCGAUCCCAAGACAGACGAACGAGGUGUUAUCGGGAAUAUGUCGUCUUGGCUUCAGCGCCAGGCUGGUGCGCAAAGCUCUCAGCUUGCGACGACUGCGGUUUUGUCCGGCGCUGCUGUUGCGGGUGCAAUUUUUGGAUACCAGGCUUAUCAACGGAAGGAGGCUGUUAAUAACCUGAAGUCUUCGAUCCCUGAUCUUGACGAGCAGCAUCAUGCGGAGAAGCUCACAACAUUUGGUGUCGCCGAUACUGCAAUUCCCAUGAGCAAGGAAGAUGAGCGUAGUGCCAUGCUGGCUCGCCGUGCGCAACAAGGAGAUUACGAUGACGACCUGAUCCUCGAACAACUUGCUCGCAACCGCGUGUUUCUCAAAGACGAAGGCCUCGCGAAGCUCCGAUCCUCCUUCAUCGUGGUCGUCGGAUGUGGUGGUGUCGGGUCGCAUGCAGCCGCCGCGCUGGCUCGGUCUGGUGUAGCCAAGAUCCGACUGAUUGAUUUCGACCAAGUCACACUCUCCUCGCUCAACCGUCAUGCGCUGGCCACAUUAGCAGACGUUGGAACACCAAAGGUGCACUGUAUUCGCAGACGGUUGGAGCAGAUUGCGCCGUGGGUGAUGUUUGAUUGUCGGAACGAGCUGUUUGGCAAGGAGGCUGCGGAUGACCUGCUUGGACCUUGGACCCUGACUCACGAGGGCGAGGGCCGUCGGCCGGACUACGUACUCGACUGCAUUGACAACAUCACCUCUAAGGUAGAUCUUUUGCACUACUGCCACAAGAACUCAUUGCCAGUAAUCUCGUCUAUGGGUGCUGGCUGCAAGUCGGACCCUACUCGUGUUGUCGUGGGUGACAUCUCUCUCAGCACUGACGAUCCCCUCUCACGCAGCACACGUCGCCGGUUGAAGGCGCUCGGUGUUAGCUCUGGCAUUGCGGCAGUCUUCUCCACUGAAAAGCCUGGCCCGGGCAAAGCAAGCUUGCUUCCUCUCCCAGAGGAAGAGUUCGCCAAGGGCCAGGUCGGCGAACUGGGCGUCCUCCCCGACUUCCGAGUCCGCAUUCUCCCUGUGCUGGGAACUAUGCCCGCUGUGUUCGGCUACACCGUGGCCAAUCAUGUUAUCUGCAGUGUGUCUGGAUACCCCAUUGAGUAUAACAUGGGUGGAAAGGGUCGCGACAAGAUGUACGACGCUACUUCCGCAUUCCUGCAAGGCUUCAUGGAAAAAAUGGCUCGCCAGACUGAGGGACAGGACUCCACUGGCCUGCGUCUCCCUAUCAGCAAGGACGAUAUCCAAUUCUUGAUGGAGGAGGUGUGGCGCGGCAAGAGUGCUAUCACCGGCUUGUCAAACCGGCUUGUUCUGAUUCCCUGGGAAACGCCAGCCCGGGGCUUCAGCAUGGAUCUGACAUAUGAAAAGGAUGGCCAGAAGUAUAUGCCGAUUGAUCUGAAGGACUUGGUGUGCAUGACCAAGGAUGAAGCCACUCGACACGAGCGCGAGGUUCUUCGUGAAGGCAAAAGAGUGGAGGAAGUAUACGAUGAGAUCGUGCUCCAGCGGGUUAACUACUACCAUGCAAGCGCAGCCCCCGGGCGCUUUGAACGCCUCUCACGCCCUCUAAUCGACUCCGUUCGGAACGGCUGGCAGUCGCAUUCCAACCCCGCCUACCGCUCCCUCUCCUCUUCCCCGGAUACCAAAAAUCCGGGAUUAAUGGACAUAGCCAUAUCAGUCGUCUCCGCGCCGCGAUUCCGCCGAUAUGUCCUCGUCUACCUUACGCUGUUUACACUAGGCUGGGCUGGCUGGGCGUUCGUGUUGUCUCCGACACUUCAAGACCGUGAGAAUCUGGCGCAAUCGCUAGAUCCUCUGAAGAUGGAUACGGGCGGGUGGUUUGGGACAAACUCCGUGCCGACCUUUGCCGAUCUGAUUCAGAUUGGGACCUUGGAUCCUGCGCUGGUGCCCCGUGCCGAGGCCGUGGCGGAAGGCUCGAGGAGUGAGAAGCGAUUGAUUAUGAUUGGUGAUGUGCAUGGAUGCAAGAAAGAGCUGGAGAAACUUCUCGAGAAAGUCAAGUUCUCUCGCGAAGACGGCGACCAUCUUAUAUUUACUGGCGAUCUUAUCAACAAGGGUCCCGACAGCGGCGGCGUUGUGGAUUUGGCGCGAGAAAUCGGGGCUUCGAGUGUCCGUGGCAAUCACGAGGACCGGAUCCUUCUUCAGCGGGAGGAUAUCGAGACGACUAACAAGACGGCGGUCAUUGAGAGCAAGGACGAUGCUGAUUUCUUCUCGGCGAAAGAGCUUGCUGAGCGUUCUCUGGCUCGUUCUUUCAACAAGGGGCAGAUUGAUUGGUUGAACUCGUGGCCAAUCAUUCUGAAUGUCGGUCAAGUGCCCAAAAUGGGCCAGGUGGUCGUGGUUCAUGGAGGUCUGGUCCCAGGUGUGGACCUCGAGAAGCAAGACCCCUCUACUGUGAUGACCAUGCGGAGUAUUGACAAGACCACGCAUGUGCCGAGCUCGGAUGGCAGUGGAGUGAAGUGGGAUAAGAUGUUUGACAAGCACCAACAAAUGAUCUCCUCGAGUCUCCAGUCAUCAUCCGAAGAUCCCCGUUCUCAAACAACGACAGUUAUUUACGGCCACUACGCCAAAGCAGGCCUCAAUAUCCGUGAAUACACAAAGGGCCUUGACUCUGGAUGCGUCAAGGGUGGCAAGCUCACCGCAAUGGUCAUUGAGGAUGGCGGCAAGCAGAGUAUCGAGCAAGUGCGCUGCAAAAACUAUCUCAAGUGA